AAAUUAUUUUUUUUAUUGUCGCUCGCCGCCAAUUGCCCGCCAUGGCUUCUCGGGGGAAUCGGAGGAGCACUCGGAGUGACCACGAGGAGUCCGACGAGGAAACAGACGACGAAGAUUACGCAACUGUCGAUGAGGAAUCUGAAGAGGAGUACGAGGACACGGAGGCUGCUGGGGUGGAGUCGCCGGAAAUUGUAGCAUUGGCUGCUCCGGCGGGUGGAGGAGAUGGAGUGGGAGGUGGGGUUGAGGAUGAGGGGGAGGAGGAGGAGGUGGCAUUGGUGAUGGAAACAGGAUGGAGUAUAGGUCGAAAGCGAGAAUGCGAAGAGAGUAGCGGCGUCACUGAGGGACAGUUACCGGCCGAUUCGGACCCCUCUUGCCUUCCAAGUUGCCCUAUUUGCCUCGUUCCCUGGACUCCUGAUGGUGCUCACCGAGUGUGUUGCAUUCCUUGUGGGCAUGUUUAUGGUCGAUCUUGCUUAGAAAGAUGGAUGAAACGAUGCAAAAAGAAUGUAGCUAAGUGCCCUCAAUGUAGUGCAAGGUUCAAGCAAACUGAGAUGAUUAACUUAUAUGCUCCGCUAAUUGCAGUCUCUGAUACUGACCUAGAGAAGGAAGUGCUCUCUUUACGGGAAAAAAAUGAAAUCCUUAGAUUGGAGAGAGAUCGCUUGAUGGAAGAAAUAAAGAAAAGUAAGAAAAUGGCCUGCUUAGAAGUUGAAUCCUCAGGAGUUGUGUGGGAAAACUGUUUUACGUCGCAGAAUAAUCCGAAUACAAAUUGUACCAGUUACAACAGAUGUGUUUUACAGAACGAAAUUCCAGUUGAUGGAGCACGAGUUCUUGGAAUUGAUGCAUCUAGUCAAAUUCUGAUAGUCUCAGGGAAGAAACCUGGGCAAGAUAGUGAGCAUUACCUGAAUAAGAUUAGCUUGUUAGGGCGAUGCGAAAUAGAUCGAAUCCUGCUUCCUCCUCAGACUGGAGCUGUUAGAGAUUUGUGUAUCCUUCCUGGCUGUCUCGCACUCAUUGCAUCAUUAGGAAAAAAAAUAUCACUUUUGAGCAUGCUUAGCAACAACGUUGUCCUAAAGUAUGAUUUACCGGCGCCUGCUUGGUCAUGUUCAGUAGAUGUGAAUGAACCUUGCCAUAUUUAUGCCGGAUUGCAGAAUGGAAUGCUCCUGAUGUUCGAUAUACGCCAAACUGCAGGUUGCUUGGAAUCCAUUGAGGGUUUGUCUAGAUUCCCCAUUCAUUCUAUCUGCUCACUUAAGCAAAAUCACUGUUCCAGAAAGGUUCUCACCGCUUCUUCAGUUGGUCCGUGCUUGUGGGAUGUUGGUGGUUCUGGACAAAGGCCAUUCUUGAUACCUGAAUUAGAGUCUCAAGGCAUAUGUAUUUCGCUUGCUUGUGACAGUUCUAGCAGUGAUAUCGUGGCCUCUUUUCGUCCUAAAGUAGAGCUCUCCGGUGAUCCUAUACCUUCACAAACUCCAUUAUCGCCCUCAGAAUCUCUUUAUUUAUCAGCAAAGUUGGGCUCUCAUGUACACCUCAAGAGAAUCGACAGCACAUCUUUUCAGAAGGGUAAUGAGGUUAAUUGUUACGUAAGCCAAGUGAGGAUGUCGAAAUCCGUAGUUAUAUUCGCCGAAGGAAAAAACUCGAUGUUUGCUUGCGGAGAUGAGUCAACUCGUGGUGUGUACCUAUGGAACUUGCCAUCCUUUCAGCUUCAUUCUUGUCAUCGGCCGCAUCAAUCUCCAAUACUUGACAUUAAAUAUUCGAGUUCAGUAAAGUUGGGCUUACUUGGUGCCAUCAGUGAGAAUAAAUUGCAGGUUUUCAGUUGUUCUUAGCUCCAUGGAGUAGUUCUUCCCUGAAGGCUUCAGUAACUGGCUUUUCUUCAUCAUUACUGCUUACGAACAGAAUAUUGGUCUGUAGAAGAGAAUGCUGAGAUGAGAAUGUUCUGGCGGAUGAGUGACUUUACAUUUGGAGACAAUAUGUGAAACAGAUAUAUCCGUGAAAAGGGUUGGAGUAGCUCCAGUGGCUGAUAAGAUAAGAGAGAGUCACCUUAGAUGAUUUCGUCUCAUUAAACGUAGACCAUCUGAUGAUUAUUUUAGAAGAGUUAAUGCUUUAAAUUUUAGUUAAGAAAGUUAGAGGUAGACUUGAAAAGAUUCAAGCUUGUUGUAUAAAGAAUGAUCUUAAUUUAUUAGAAUUAAAUGAAAAUAGGAUGCUCAAUAGGACAUAUUGGAGAAAAAUGAUUCAUGUCGCCCACCCCACUUGGCUUUUGUUCUUCUAUCAUUGAAUUUUGCUUUGGGAAAUAAAUUAUGGAUUUAUCUAAUCUUGUGCUUGUUUG